AUGGAGGCUUUCACUGCCUCCAGACUCCUCGAAUGCUCUAUCUCACUGGUCAAAUUCAUAUUCGAGUCAGCCACCGCUGAGAAUGUCGCACUUCAUUCCGUCCCCACCAAGGAUGAUAUCCUGGUCCCCGAGACUCUCCUGAAGAAGCGCAAGUCCCAGGAGAAGGCUCGCGCUGAGAAGUCCGCCGAGGCCGACAAGAAGAAGAAGGCCAACAAGGAGAAGCGUGCCGUCAUCUUCAAGCGUGCCGAGAAGUACGUCCAGGAGUACCGCGACGCUGAGCGUGAGAAGGUCCGCCUGGCCCGCGUUGCCAAGCAGGAGGGUGCCUUCCACGUUCCCGCCGAGGAGAAGCUCAUCUUCGUCAUCCGCAUCAAGGGUAUCAACAAGAUUGCCCCCAAGCCCCGCAAGAUCCUCCAGCUCCUCCGUCUCCUCCAGAUCAACAACGGCGUCUUCGUCAAGGUCAACAAGGCUACCAUGGAGAUGAUCAAGGUCGUCGAGCCCUGGGUUGCCUACGGUUACCCCAACCUGAAGAGCAUCAAGGAGCUCGUCUACAAGCGCGGUUACGGAAAGGUCAACAAGCAGCGCAUUCCCCUCACCGACAACGCCAUCAUCGAGGAGAACCUCGGCAAGUACGGCAUUGUCUGUAUGGAGGAUCUGAUCCACGAGAUCUACUCCGUUGGCCCCAACUUCAAGCAGGCCUCCAACUUCCUGUGGCCCUUCAAGCUCAGCAACCCCACUGGUGGCUUCCGCACCCGCAAGUUCAAGCACUUCAUUGAGGGUGGUGACCUUGGCAACCGUGAGGACAAGAUCAACGCUCUCAUCCGCCAGAUGAACUAA